GCUCUCCGCAUCUCUUCUGGGGAGCAAACAAACCAACUCCGCUGUGAUCAGAAAGCGGCUAGAGACCAUUUUAUGUGAGCAAGCCGGGGGGGAAGAAGAGAAGAGAAACCGUCGCAGGGACACACGGAUAUAAAGACUUGACUUCUGCCUUUCCCCCCCCCCCCCCCUCCCCCUUGUAAAUAAUAAAUCUGUAAAGGCAACGGUUUGACAUCCAUCCUAAGCAGCGGCUAUGGGGUGUUUGGGCAACAGCAAAACGGAGGAUCAGCGUAUCGAUGAGAAAGCGCAGCGAGAAGCCAACAAAAAAAUAGAGAAGCAGUUGCAGAAAGAGAGGCUGGCUUAUAAAGCGACACACCGCUUGCUCCUGCUGGGGGCUGGUGAGUCAGGAAAAAGCACUAUUGUGAAACAAAUGCGAAUCCUACAUGUCAAUGGAUUUAAUUCAGAAGAAAAGAAACAGAAAAUACUGGAUAUUCGGAAAAAUGUUAAAGAUGCGAUUGUGACUAUAGUUUCAGCUAUGAGCACUUUAAUACCCCCAGUUCCAUUGGCCAACCCAGAAAACCAAUUUCGAAUGGACUACAUCAAGAGUAUAGCUCCUCUUUCUGACUUUGACUAUACACAGGAGUUCUUUGAACAUGCAAAAAAGCUCUGGGAUGAUGAAGGUGUAAAGGCAUGCUUCGAGAGGUCGAACGAAUAUCAACUGAUUGAUUGUGCACAGUACUUUUUAGAAAGAAUUGACAGCGUCAGCAUGGAUGACUACACACCCACAGAUCAGGACCUGUUAAGAUGCAGAGUGUUGACAUCAGGGAUUUUUGAAACAAGAUUUCAAGUAGAUAAAGUAAAUUUCCACAUGUUUGAUGUAGGUGGCCAGAGAGACGAGAGAAGAAAAUGGAUCCAAUGCUUUAAUGAUGUCACGGCUAUCAUCUUCGUUGUGGCUUGCAGCAGCUACAACAUGGUAAUAAGGGAAGACAAUAACACAAACAGACUACGGGAAUCCCUGGACCUUUUCAAAAGUAUCUGGAAUAACAGGUAA